AAUUACAUGAUAUAGGAAUAGAUAUGUGUGUGUUGUGAAAGUAACCAUGGACGGUCUAGCAAUCAGCGUUAUUAAGUAGAAAAUGAAUUGAUUAAAUUAUGUUCAAAAUUAUACUUAGCAUACCAGUGACAGAAACCAUUAAAAGAAUCAUCCAUGACCAUGUCAAUUGUGCGUUUUUUGUUAAAUGAAUUAGUUUACUUAUUGAGUAUUUCUACAAAAAACUCCGGUAUUUUUCAUACCGGUGUAGGGGACAAGAGUGUAAUAAGAAUAAUCAAAUUGUGUUAAGCUAAGGUGGAGAAUGUAUACCAAACUAAGAUAAAGCCAGAGAUAAGGAACUGUUUAAGAUGAAUGAUGCCUUAGAAAAUGAAGGAACGUUUGAUGACCAAGAAAGUAUUUCCCACCUUCUCUAUCGAAAAUGGCAAAAAGAAAGAAAGCGACUAUAGUAUUCAAAAACAUGGAUCCUCCUCUUGGUGAUCUUCUGGUUAAUAUUUCCGAUUCGAAACAAGCCAAAAACAAGAGCAAGCUUAGAGAUGUGCUUUCCUCGGGAAACAAUUUAACUUGUACUUUUCAUACAUCUGACGUUUCGAACUCCUUGGCUUCCCGAGUGCCAGAUGACACAGAUCAGGUGCACCAGCAACAACAGCACCAGCAUCACGAACAACAUAAUCAGUUUCUUAGUAUAUUAAACAAAUCAUUUUCACACAACAAAUCGCCUGGAGCCAAAAAGUGGAAUGAAAGUGAGAACACUGGUACCGUCGAAAAACGUGUUCUAAACCAACCGGCUGCUGAACCUAUUGGUGGAAAAGGGAUAACAAAAUCCUCUGUUAUAUGUCCCCAAAAGAAGAACUCAUCUCGUUCUUUUUUUCUCAAACGGCAACACUCUUUAUCUGAUGUAUGGCAAACUUCUCUAAAGUCUACUACGGCAAUGAGUCAAGCAACGGCCAAAAUGGAUGACACUGAGUUAGUUAACAGUACGAUUCGUAGCGAAGUUACUUGCCCCAAUCAUAAUAUAUCGGGAACAGCAAUUGGAACGACAAAUAUACAGAGCGGUGGGGAUGGAGUUGCGGCAGCUGCAUCAGAACCAAUAGGCGCAACAGGUGCCGGAGCAAUUAAUAUUGGUGGAACAACCAUACCGAUUGCUCCGAAAAAACCGACACGUCGUGCUGGUGUAAAACCUCAACCAGAUAGACCUAUGCGAGCCCUGUUUUGCCUAACACGGACUAACCCGUUGCGGAAAUUAUGCAUCGCAAUAGUCGAAUGGAAGCCGUUUGAGUACUUGAUACUGCUGACUAUUUUCGCCAACUGUGUUGCCUUAGCUGUGUACACUCCCUUUCCAAACAGUGAUUCUAAUAGCACAAAUGCAGCCCUAGAAAAGAUCGAGUAUAUAUUUUUAGUGAUUUUUACUGCAGAGUGUAUUAUGAAGCUGAUCGCUUACGGGUUCAUACUACAUCCGGGAUCGUACUUGCGGAAUGGAUGGAAUAUACUUGAUUUUACUAUAGUUGUUAUAGGUAUGAUAUCAACUGCACUUUCCAACUUGAUGAAGGAGGGAUUCGAUGUAAAAGCUCUUCGCGCGUUUCGUGUACUUCGACCAUUGCGCUUAGUAUCUGGAGUACCUAGUUUGCAAGUUGUUCUGAAUUCUAUCUUACGUGCCAUGGUGCCUUUGCUACACAUAGCCCUAUUGGUGUUAUUUGUGAUAAUCAUUUAUGCUAUCAUAGGAUUAGAGCUUUUCUCCGGAAAAUUACACAAAUCCUGCUUCCACAACGAGACGGGAGAGAUAAUGGAUGAUCCACAUCCAUGCGGAGAAGAUGGUUUUCAUUGUGACACCAUCUCACCGGAAAUGGUGUGUCGGUAUUACUGGGAAGGUCCUAAUUUUGGAAUCACAAACUUUGACAACUUCGGAUUGUCCAUGUUAACCGUUUUUCAGUGCGUAACACUGGAAGGUUGGACUGACAUGCUUUAUUAUAUUGAAGAUGCUAUGGGUAGCAGUUGGCAAUGGGUGUACUUCAUUUCAAUGGUUAUUCUUGGAGCAUUUUUUGUAAUGAACUUAAUUCUUGGUGUGCUGAGUGGUGAAUUUUCUAAAGAACGUACGAAAGCCAAAAAUCGUGGAGAUUUUCAGAAAUUGCGGGAAAAGCAACAGAUCGAAGAAGAUCUUAGAGGAUAUCUUGACUGGAUUACACAAGCGGAAGACAUAGAUCCUGACAAUGACGCCAGCGGAAUGCAAGAAGGAAAAAUGAAAAAUAUAAUCGAAUUGGACUCUUCGGACAAUGUAGGCGAAGAUGGAGAAAUUCAACAUGAAUCAUGGGUUGCCAGAAAACGAAAAACGAUCGAUCGUAUUAACCGAAGACUACGCCGAGCCUGUCGUAAAGCUGUAAAAUCACAAGCAUUCUAUUGGCUUAUUAUCAUACUGGUAUUUUUAAAUACUGGCGUCUUAGCUACUGAACAUUAUAGACAGCCGCCUUGGUUGGAUGAUUUCCAAGAGUACACGAAUAUGUUUUUUGUAGCAUUAUUUACAAUGGAAAUGCUUCUGAAAAUGUAUAGCUUGGGCUUUCAGGGUUACUUUGUGUCUUUAUUCAAUCGCUUCGACUGUUUCGUUGUGAUUGGUAGCAUAGGCGAGAUGAUAUUAACAAGUACUCAAAUCAUGCCUCCCCUCGGGGUAUCCGUCCUACGGUGUGUCCGAUUACUGCGUGUGUUCAAAGUGACUAAGUACUGGCAAUCUCUAUCUAAUUUAGUAGCAUCCUUAUUGAAUUCUAUUCAAUCCAUCGCAUCACUUUUAUUGCUACUGUUUUUGUUUAUUGUUAUAUUUGCAUUGCUUGGCAUGCAAGUAUUUGGAGGAAAGUUUAAUUUUAACAGCUCGGUGGAUAAACCGCGAUCGAACUUUGACAGUUUUGUACAGAGUUUACUCACAGUAUUCCAGAUACUUACUGGAGAAGAUUGGAAUAUGGUUAUGUAUGAUGGAAUUCAAGCCUACGGAGGAGUGGCCUCGCUUGGAAUUAUUGCCAGCAUUUACUUUAUAAUUCUCUUCAUAUGUGGCAACUAUAUUCUGUUAAAUGUGUUCUUGGCUAUCGCUGUGGAUAACUUAGCAGAUGCUGAUUCACUAACAACAGUUGAAAAGGAAGAGGGUGAUAACCCUGAUGGCGAGGAGGAAAAAUUGUCUCAUGAACCAACACCAACAGAACAUGGAGAUGACGGGUUUAUGGAUCAUGAUAAAGACAAUCUGGACUCGGACAAUGAUCCAAUGAAUAUAUCUGAUGAUUAUGAUGGUCAAGAUUCAGAUACCAAAAUACCUGUCGCAGAAGACGAUGAAGGAUAUGAAGAGCAAGAUACUCCAGAUUCACAAGAUGGGGGCCUUAAGGUGGCUAGGCCACGCCGAAUGUCUGAAUUAAAUGUGAUCAAUACAAUUCUACCGAUACCAGAUGGUUCAGCGUUUUUUAUACUAUCCAAAACAAACAGAUUUCGCAUAUUCUGCCACUGGCUGUGCAAUCACAGCACGUUUGGCAACAUUAUACUGGUAUGCAUCAUGUUUUCGUCAGCUAUGUUAGCAGCAGAAGAUCCUCUUAAUGCAAACAGCGAACGAAAUCAAAUUUUGAACUACUUUGACUACUUCUUUACGUCGGUGUUCACUAUCGAAUUGCUGUUAAAGCUGGUAUCAUACGGAUUUUUGUUUCACGAUGGAGCAUUUUGUCGAUCAGCAUUCAAUUUGUUGGAUCUCCUAGUCGUCUGUGUAUCAUUAAUAUCAAUGUUUUUCAGUUCUGGUGCCAUUUCUGUGAUAAAAAUACUACGUGUACUUCGUGUCCUUCGGCCAUUACGUGCAAUUAACAGAGCAAAGGGGUUGAAGCAUGUUGUGCAAUGCGUUAUAGUAGCUGUAAAGACCAUCGGCAAUAUUGUGCUGGUCACUUGUUUGCUACAAUUUAUGUUCGCUGUAAUCGGAGUACAAUUGUAUAAGUACGUAGUCAAAUGUGUGAUAGUUGCCAUAAAAACGAUCGGUAACAUUAUGCUAGUGACGUACCUCUUGCAGUUUAUGUUUGCUGUGAUUGGAGUACAAUUGUUUAAGGGCAAAUUCUUUUCAUGCUCUGAUGGUUCUAAAAUGCAGGAAUCAGAAUGCCAUGGUACGUACUUGGUAUAUGAAGAUGGCAACGUAGAUAAACCAGUUUCAAAAGAACGAUACUGGUCAAGAAACCGCUUUCAUUUUGACGACGUUUCGAAAGCUAUGUUAACUCUUUUUACUGUAUCUACUUUUGAAGGCUGGCCUGGGUUGCUUUAUGUAUCGAUUGACUCUCACGAAGAAGAUUCCGGACCAAUACACAAUUUCCGCCCAAUCGUUGCGGCGUAUUACAUCAUAUAUAUAAUCAUAAUUGCAUUUUUCAUGGUAAACAUCUUUGUCGGUUUCGUUAUCGUUACAUUCCAAAACGAAGGCGAACAGGAGUAUAAAAACUGCGAUCUAGAUAAAAACCAGCGGAAUUGUAUAGAGUUUGCACUGAAAGCAAAACCAAUACGUCGGUACAUACCCAAGCACAGGAUACAGUACAAAGUGUGGUGGUUCGUGACAUCACAACCAUUUGAGUACAUGAUUUUUGUACUUAUCAUGAUAAACACGAUUACCCUUUCGAUGAAGUUUUACCGCCAACCAGAAAUUUAUACAGAAGUACUCGAUUUGUUGAAUCUCAUCUUUACGGCAGUGUUCGCAUUGGAAUUCGUUUUCAAGUUAGCAGCAUUCAGAUUCAAAAACUAUUUUGGCGAUGCAUGGAACGUAUUCGAUUUUAUAAUUGUACUUGGAAGCUUCAUCGACAUUGUAUACUCAGAAGUUAACAUUAGCAAAGGAAUGAAGGGUGGUUCUAGCAUUAUCUCGAUCAAUUUCUUCCGACUAUUUCGAGUGAUGCGGUUAGUUAAACUUCUUGCCAGAGGCGAAGGAAUUCGUACAUUAUUGUGGACAUUUAUCAAAUCUUUUCAAGCACUGCCAUAUGUUGCAUUAUUGAUUGUAAUGUUGUUUUUUAUCUACGCUGUAAUUGGAAUGCAGGUAUUCGGCAAAAUAGCAAUGGAUGAUGAAACAUCAAUACAUCGAAACAACAAUUUCCAAACCUUUCCACAAGCAGUGUUGGUUUUGUUCCGAUCAGCGACAGGAGAGGCUUGGCAGGACAUCAUGCUUGAUUGUUCAUCGCGUCCGGGAGAGGUAAACUGCGAUGCUAAGUCCGACGAUGCUGGUUCUCCAGAAGGAUGCGGCUCAAACAUAGCUUUCCCUUACUUUAUAUCCUUUUACGUACUGUGUUCAUUCCUCAUCAUAAAUUUAUUCGUGGCCGUUAUCAUGGAUAACUUUGAUUAUUUGACGCGAGACUGGUCUAUUCUUGGACCCCAUCAUCUGGAUGAGUUUGUGCGCCUGUGGAGCGAGUACGAUCCUGACGCGAAGGGUCGUAUCAAGCAUCUGGACGUAGUGACUCUGCUACGAAAAAUCUCACCACCGCUUGGAUUUGGCAAGUUGUGUCCACACCGGGUAGCCUGUAAGCGUCUAGUCUCGAUGAACAUGCCGCUAAACAGUGACGGCACGGUGUUGUUCAAUGCGACACUGUUUGCAGUGGUGCGCACCUCACUGAAAAUCAAAACAGAGGGCAAUAUCGACGAUGCAAACGCAGAAUUGCGGAACACAAUCAAACAAAUAUGGAAACGAACUAAUCCGAAACUUUUAGACCAAGUCGUUCCUCCGCCUGGAGUAGAUGAUGAAGUUACAGUGGGCAAAUUUUACGCAACAUUUUUAAUACAAGAUUACUUUAGGCGGUUUAAGAAGCGCAAAGAAAAUGAUAGCAAACUCAACAGCGAUCAAAAUAAACGACGUACUAUGACGCUUCAGGCCGGACUGCGGACACUACACGAAGCCGGUCCGGAACUCAAGCGAGCCAUUUCAGGCAAUCUGGAAGAAAUCGGCGAUGAUAAUCCAGAGCCAUCUCAUCGGCGAAAUCACACUCUAUUUGGUAAUGUUUGGUCGUCAAUUCGACGUCCGGGUCCUUUUGGAUCAAAACAAAAGUGGAAUUCAAAUAAUAACAAAAUGUCUGCCACUUCCAUGGCCGCAUCUGCGGCAAUGCAUACGGUUUUAUCUGGCCCAAAUGACGGGUCAAGCCAAACAGAAAUGAAGCCAAAGCAAAACUGUGUUAACAGUUCUAAUACCUACAAUCAUGUAGCUGAAAGCAUUCUUCAUGCCGUGCACGACGAACCGAUAGGACGAAAUUACGGUAACGGCUUGAAUAUAGGAAAUGCGGGACAUACGGGUGAAAUUCCACUUCGCCCUUUAGUUUUAGAUGAUUCUUCAAUUUUAAAACGAGCGAAUGCAAACGCAAACAUCGGAUCGCACAGCAAAUUGUACUCGCAAAUAAAUGAUAAUCAAGUUGCCAAUUUUGAGGAAGAUCGUCUUAUUCACUCAACGCCAAGCAGUCCUCAGGAAACGCAUAAGCUAUCGGCAGAAGUUAUAGGAUCGGCUGAGAGUCUCGUGGGCAGAGUUCUAGCGCAACAAGGUCUGGGUAAAUAUUGUGAUCUUGAUUUAGUGCAUUGUGCUCAAAUGGAAAUGCAAGAGGCGUUAGAUAUGACACAGGAAGAAAUGGAUUUAGCGGCCCACGAGCUAAUGUUGGAGGAGCGAUUUAAGAGGAAAAAUUGUGCACCCGUAAAAGGUCAACCUAAGCGUGGAACCAAUACUAGAAAGAAUAAGAAUCAGCAACCGCUCUUAUAGCACCAAACUAGUAUAUUAAAUCAUGUUGUCAUAUUAGGAAGAAAUAUUGUACAUCAAUAUGGUAGCUCUCAUUUUGUAAUUUUACCUUUUUAAUUUAUAUGCGAAGAACAUGUCGAUCCUUUAAACAUCAAUUUAAUUUGUUGAUGAAGAAAUGUAUGUUUAUUGUUGGUAACAUAGUCAACAUUUAAAAAAAUGAAAGCACAAUAAUCCAAUUCUUACGAGUUUAAUUAAACCAGGUUGGAUGCAAGUUUUAAAGAUGUAUGCAAAAUGACUGAAAUUCUCGCCUCGAAUGACACCGCCAUGCAAUUGACAGCAAUUUGAGAGGGCGCGCGAGGGCCCGCAUGCCAUAUAAAUUCAGAGCCCCAGCGCCUUCGCAUUUGAUGAAUUGUGAACCUACGCAGUUUUUUCGCACCUAGUUUUAGCAAUUACAAUUUUAGCCCCGAGCAGGUAUAACAGUGCGAUUUGUAGCAAACUGAACACCUGAAGUUUGACAUAUUAUUUUCCAAAAAUGCACAAAAAAAUAUAUAGUGACCUUUUCCACGAAUAACACCGGAAAAAAAUAAUAACAAAUAAAGAUUAUUUAAAAUACCAUAAGAUUUCGAGCAGAUGACUCGCAAUCCUCGCUUUGUUGAACAGGGUGCCAUAAAGUAUGACAAAAAGGAAUUAGUUUAAAAUUUAAACGAUUGAAAAUUAUAUAAACAUUAUAUAAACGUGAUCCUUAGUCCAAUCCAGGCGAGAUUUUCAGCCAUUUUGCCUGCAAGUUUGGCACUUGCGUCCAACCUGGGUUAUAAGUACUUUGGACCCUUUUUUUCUGUGUCGUUAAAAACAGGAAAUAAACACGUAGCCAAUUAGAAUUCCGAUGAUGAGAAAUAAUGCAAAAACAAGAAUCUUAUAAAUAGCAGAAGCAGAAGAAACAAAUUAUCUUCUCAAUAUUAAACAUUAAAACUGAUAUUGAAUAAUUACCAAUUUAGUUCAAUCGAUGUCGGAAAUGAGUUUUGAGAGAUAAAUAAAAAAUGUUUUGAGAAGAACAAA